AUGCCCGAAAACCUCAAGCAGAGUGAAGUCGACGCUCAAACCGACCCUUCCGUCGCCAAACAAUAUGACAACGAAUCCUCGGCCGAAGAGAAGUUCAAGGACCUCUACGCCAUCGCCGACGGCAUCAAGAUUGGCAUGCUCUCCACCUACCGUCAAGGAACUGGUCCCGUCUCCCGCGCCAUGGCCGUCUCCAAGCGUUCCGGACCCGACUUCCUCUUCCUCGCGAACAAACACUCGAACAAAAUCUCCGACCUGCAAUCAAACAAGGAAGUCAACCUGACGUUCCACGACAAGAGCAAUCAAGACUGGGUGAGCGUCACAGGAGAAGCAGUCAAGACAUCGGGCGACGACCCGAGGAUCAAGGAGAUCUACUCGAAAGUCGUGAGUGCAUGGUUUGGAGACUUGGGCGAUGGAGUGCACAACGGUGGACCGGAGGAUCCGAGAAUGUACCUGGUGGAGGUCAGGAGCAAGUACAUUUCGUACUAUAAGCACACCUCUGGAAUGCUGGGCCAGGCCAAGGAGAUUGGAGGUGCGGUGUUGACGGGUAAGGUUGCGCAGACAGGUGUGUUGAGGGAGUUGAAGGAGGCGGAUAUCGAGCAGGCGAGGAAGAGCGAUAGUGCUUUGACGUCGUAA